AUGGCAGCUCGCCAACUUCUCUUGUGGCUUCGGAUGGACUUGCAUGACGAAGAUUCACGCUUCUUUAGCACUGUCUCCCGCUUCCCUCCCUGCCCGCAUCCUCCUCAUCAAAGCACUGCUCCCUGCCUUUCUCCGCUUCACCUUAUCUCUGCGCCUACUUCUCCUUUAGGGACUUCCGGCCCACAGCUCUGUGAGCGUUUGCGCUGCAGAGAGCGCUCACGAGGGGGCGGGGAAUGGGGACUGCUGAUGGGGCUGGCGGAGGCUAUAGAGGAUGUGUUUGGUGUUGAAGAUGGCGGGGCGGUGGUACGGUGGAUAUAUCGCCAACCCCACAGCUAUGAUGCACCUGUUCCUCCUACUCCAUCCCCGCACCUGCUUCUCCCACGCCAUCUUCUGCCCCACGGACUCCCCCAUACCCACGGCACGGGCGCACUGCUCACCCAAGAAGAGGUUGCUGCCAUGGCAGAGCUGCACGGGAGGCUGCAGGCGAAGCUGGGUGAGGCCCGGCUGCUGGGUUCCCCGUGGCGGUUUUUGAGGAUGGCCGGGCAGAGGGAGGAGGAGGUGCGUCCGAAGGUAGAGCAGCGGGAGAAGGCGGUAGGUGUGAGCCCUGCAGCACCCGUGCCCGCCUUCUACUCCUUCUUGGGGCCGCGCCUGGGCGACGCAAGCGCCGCGGGCAGCGCAGGUAGACUGGCGGCGGGUGCAGUGGAGCAGCAGGGUGAAGCCCGUUGCCUCAGCCUCUCCUCCGCACGCCUCGCACUAGCAGCAUUAGCUCCUCUUUUGCGCGCCUCCCCUACACUACUGCCCCUGGGAGACGACUCGAGGGCAGCAUGGGCAGGAGAAUGGGAGGGAGGGGAGAGGGAAGAGGGGGGGGAGAGGGAAGAGGGGGGGGAGAAGGUGGGGGAGAAGGGGCGGGAGGGAGCAUGA